AUGUUAGCAGCUGGCCUUAAUGCGAAAAAUAUUGUUUGCAUCAAUUUUUUGUAUUUGGCUAAAAAUUGGCCAACUUUGAUAAGGUAUUGGACUCAAGUGGAUCUUAUUUUUCUUCUACCUCCAUAUGAACCUCUCAAGUGGACAAUUCGUAAAAAACUUAAAUUUCUAAAUGGAAUGUUUACUGUGAUUUGGAAUUUUCCGGAUUUCUUUAUUAUAUUGAUCAGCUUGGGAUUAAGUACACGUUUUCAACAAUUUGCCACACGUAUACAAACUCUGACAGGACGUUUUGUGCCGGACUCAUUAUGGUGUGAACUUCGGCAACACCACAUCAAACUCUGUGAACUCAUGGAAUAUGUGGAUGAGCAACUUUCGAAUAUAGUUUUAAUAUCGGCACUUAAUAACAUGUAUUUUAUAUGUAAUAAACUUUUAAAUAUUUUUUCCAAACAACGUUGGCCAAUCAAUUAUAUUUAUUUUUGGUUUUCGUUAAUUUUUCUCUUGACUCGCAGUGCUGGAGUAUUUCUGUUUGCGGCAAAAAUUCAUGAUGCUUCGCUGUUGCCACUUAAAACCUUAUAUCUGGUACCCAGAAGUUGUUGGAGUGAAGAGGUGCAACGUUUUACGUCCCAAAUUACCGAUGAAUGCAUUGCUCUAAGUGGAAAACGUUUUUUCUUCGUAACCCGCAAAAGUUUAUUUGGCUUGGUGGCCACAAUUGUUACCUACGAAUUUAUGUUAUUGCAGUUCGAUGCCAACAAUCGAAAGUUGGGCUUACCAGAUUUAUGCGGUUUUGUGAAAAGUAAUUUAACUCAGAAAGCGUAA